AUGAUACAUCUCCCAACAUCAACUACACCCACCGGUGACGGAACUACGAGCUGGUUCACUCUUACGGACUCGCAUUGUCACCUUAAGUUGGAUAUCAACACAAGGAGGAGCACUUCACCAGCAAGCUCGGGACAUGUGCCGUUUGUAUGUGGUAUCAAGCGGGCUGUUAUAUGUGGUACUCACCCCGAUAUCGACUGGGGCCUCAUUGAGGAUGUUGCAACAUCACCUCCAACAUUGGAGGUGCAAUCGGCUUCCGAAUCUGAGGAAUCAUGGAGCGGUGCUAUCAUCCCCGGUUUCGGCAUUCACCCGUGGUUCGUCCCAUAUGCUGAAGAGGGGAAGGAAGGGACCGCGUGCGUAACUAAUGGAAAGGAGGAGAGAGAAGAGGGAUCGACUAGCGCUUGCAGGUGCUGCUGCCAUGCUAAUGCCACUUCGACAAAUGUGGUGCGCCGAAGCCCGAGGGAGCUGCUAGAUCUCUUGGAAAGGGCCCUGGAGCGAUUCCCGCAGGCUAUCGUUGGUGAGAUCGGCCUGGACAAACUGCGCGGCCCACCUGAACCUGUACAGCUGGAGCUAUUUUUGGGACAGAUGAAACUCGCCGCCCGCUACGGGCGCCCGGUAUCGGUGCAUUGUGUGCGUAGCUUCGGCACCAUGUUGUCGGCGUUGCAGCAGCUUGCCUUCGAAGACACACCACCGUCGAUUGUGCUCCAUGGCUUCACGGGAUCGCUCGACUUCGUACGAUCGGCCAUAAAAAUUCAGAAGAGGGGACCUUUUGUCAUCGGUACAGGUUCACGUUCGAAGCCCAAGGCGCGGCCGCUCCGCAUUUUCUUUGGUGUGGGUGCCGCAACAAGUUUUCGGGUGAAAGGUUUUGUGGAUAAGGUACUGCCUUUCCUGCUUAAGGAGGGGCGUGCGUUACUGGAAACGGAUGCCCAUCAUAUAUUUGCCCGCAGCAAUGAUACAACUCCCACAUUUGUACCUUCGCCAGGUCGGUCCCCACGAGUUCCUUCAGCUUCAGGAGGCGGUGUGGAGCGUCAUGAACAACGAAGAUGCGUGCAGAGGUUGGAGGUGCUUGGGUGUGAACAACUGGGGCAACUCCUUUGGUUGGCAAGUGAUGGUGAUAUCAGGGUGGCGAGGGAUAUAGUGGAAGGUUGUGAGAGGACUUGCAAGGACGUCUUCUCGUUUGCGGGUGUGUUACCUGGUGUUUAG